AUGACUCUCGAGUUCAUCUACCUGACCCGUCAUGGAUUUCGAUCUAAUUGGGCUAUCGACACGAAGACUGGUCAAUACUCUACCUCCAUUCCGUCACCUACUGGCAUCGCCAGCGACCCCGCUCUCGCCGGUCAUGGCGUCGACCAAUCUCACCAGCUCGCUGUUCAUUUGAAGACUCUUGAUCCUGCCAUCCAACGCUUCUACAGCUCUCCAUUCUAUCGUUGCAUUCAAACCAUCCUCCCGACCGUAGAAGCUCUCUCCCACGGCGUUUCCGACCCUGAGACUAAGAAGAUCCGCGCUGAGAACGGCCUUGGUGAAUGGUACGGCUUGGCUCGCUUUGAUCACCCCUCCCCCGCUGAGCCUUCACUCUUGAAGAAGUUGUUCCCUCGCUUCGACGAGGGGCACAAGGUUGUGAUCAAGCCCAGCACCAACGGUGAGAGCAUUGACAACCUCCACAACCGCGUUGCUUAUACAUUGCAUCGGAUCAUUGAGCAGUGUGAUAAGGAGGGCGUCAAGGCGAUUGCCAUCUGCACUCACGGCGCUACGUUGAUUGCCAUUGGCAGAGCCUUGGUGGGCCGAAUGCCUGAGGAUAUUACUGAGCAGGACUUCAACCCGUUCACUUGUGGUCUGACGACGUUUGUCCGGAAGUCAAAGGAGAAUAUGGAGACUGGUGUCAAGCAAUGGAAAGGCCCUGAGAGUGAGAUUCCGGCGGUUAAGUGGCGAGAUGGGAUAGGAGUUGGUGGCGGUUGGACCAUGACUGUUGACGGCGAUUGCAGCUUCUUGACUGAUGGAGAGGAGCGGGGAUGGUAA